AUGGCGAAGAGAUCGCUCGGACGCAUGGUCGAUUAUGUGAAGUCUAAUAGAAGGAUAAGGUUCGUGUUAGCGACGGCGGUAGUGCUGCUCUUAUGCGGCAUCGUCUGUGCCAUAUUCUUUGGAUCAUGGGUGCGCCUGUUCAUCGAUCACGAGCUGGUCCUCCGGCAAGGCUCGAUGACCUUCGAAUGGUGGGCCCGCCCCCCGGUGAGGCCCUUCGUCAAAGUCUACGUGUACAACGUGACCAACGCAGAUGAGUUCUUAAACAACGGCUCCAAACCCAUCCUGGAUGAGUUAGGACCUUAUGUGUACUCAGAGGAAUGGGAGAAGGUGAACAUCACGGACAACGAGAACGGCACUCUGUCGUUCAAUUACAAGAGAACGUACACAUUCCAGCCGGAGCUGAGCAAGGGUCUGGACGAUGACGCUGUAGUGGUCCCCAACAUACCCAUGUUGAGCGCAACAUCACAGUCCAAACACGCCGCCCGGUUCCUCCGCCUGGCCAUGGCUUCCAUCAUGGACAUAUUGAAGAUCAAACCAUUCGUGGAGGUGUCUGUUGGACAACUGCUAUGGGGAUACGAAGAUCCCCUGCUGAAGCUCGCCAAGGACGUUGUGCCUAAGGAACAGAAGCUGCCUUAUGAAGAGUUUGGACUCUUCUAUGGGAAAAACGGCACUUCCAACGACGUGGUGACCAUGUUCACCGGCGCCACUGACAUGACGUCAUACGGCAUCAUCAGCCACUACAACAUGAAGGACAAGCUACAGCAUUGGACCACAGACCAGUGCAACAGCAUCGCCGGCUCCGACGGCUCCAUCUUCCCCCCUCACAUCACGAAGAAUGAUACCCUGGCUAUUUUCGACAAGGAUCUUUGCAGACUGCUGCCCCUGAAAUUCCUCGAGGAAGUAACAUCAGUUGGUAUAGACGGUUACCGUUUCACGCCACCUGAGGACGUGUUUGCCAAUGACGAGCAUAACAAGUGCUUCUGUCCCGCUGGACCUCCAUGUGCUCCCAACGGACUCUUCAACGUUUCGCUUUGUCAGUACGAUUCCCCAAUACUGCUGUCCUUCCCUCACUUCUACCUGGCCGACCCAAGCCUCAGAGAAAGAGUGGAGGGAAUAUCAGAACCUGUUCCUGAGAAGCACAGACUGUACAUAGACGUGCAGCCGGAGAUGGGUAUUGCCAUGCGUGCUCGCGCUCGUAUCCAGAUCAACUUGGCCGUCUCUCAGGUCGUGGACAUCAAGCAGGUGGCCAACUUCCCCGACAUUGUAUUUCCCAUUCUGUGGUUUGAAGAGGGUAUCGACCAACUUCCAGAACAGGUGACUUCUCUUCUCCGACUAGCCACUAAGGUCCCUCCGAUAGCUCGCACCACCCUCGGCUGGGGGCUGUCUGCUUUGGGGCUACUACUCAUUCUUCUGGCAGUCACCUGCCUUAUCAGGUCAUCCCAUCGCCAAAGUACCCUGAGGCUUGAGGGUCACGUGGUAGCGAAGCCUCCCCCCGCCAAAACCCCGAGCAAGGAGAACGGCUACGAGCUUAACAGCAGGAGAUAA